CGGCGGAUAGGGGCGGGGCACAUCCGUCCCGGGCUCAGGCCCGGGACAGCGCCCGGUGCUGGCCUGCGGGGCGUGCCGGGACACUGCUAGCAGCUUGUAAGCCUCCAGCCCCAUCACCCGCCGAGGCCGCUGCGCCGACGGAGAGGAGACUCCGAGGGGCGCCAGACUCUCCGCGCCCGUGGGGAUGGCCGCCAGGGUCCAGACGGCGCCGUACUGGGGCUUAUUGUCAUUCAACGAUGUGUCCCUGGAAUUUUCUUGGGAAGAAUGGCAGCUACUGGAUUCUGCACAGAGGUACCUGUACAGGGAAGUGAUCCUGGAAAACUAUAGCAACCUGCUGUCAGUGGGAUAUCAUGGUACCAAACCUGAUUUAAUCUUCAGAUUGGAGCAAGGAGAAGAGCCGUGGAUACUAAAUGCCAAAAUGUCCACUCAGAACUGUCCAGAAGUCUGGGAAGAUUGGUACCAGAAAAAUCAAGAUGAGUUUGAAAGUAUUGAGAGAAAUCAUGCUUGUAAUAUGUUCAGAAAACUUCACAUAAGCAAAAUCCACGUUUCUUCAGGACAAAGACUCCAUAAGUGUAAUACACUUGGGAAACGCUGGACACAAAACUCGGGGUCAAGCAGAGGUUAUGUAAGAAAGACGCCUGAUGGUUUUCAUGGGUGUGAGGAAUCACAUUUUCUUAAGCAUCAAAGAGCUCAUAGCAUAGAAAAAUCCUGUGUAUGUAACGAAUGUGGAAAGGCCUUCCGUUGUAGGUCGCAGCUCAUCGUGCACCUCAGGAUCCAUACAGGCGAGCGGCCUUACGAGUGCACCAAAUGUGAAAGAGCCUUCAGUGCCAAGUCCAACCUGAAUGCCCACCAAAGAGUCCACACUGGGGAGAAGCCCUACUCGUGUGCUGAGUGUGGAAAAGUCUUCUCGUUCAGGUCGCAGCUCAUCGUCCACCAGGAGGUUCACACAGGAGGGAAGCCUUAUGGUUGUGGCGAAUGCGGGAAGGCCUACAGUUGGAAGUCUCAGCUCAUUUUGCACCAGAGAAGCCACACGGGAGUGAAACCCUAUGAAUGCAGCGAGUGUGGGAAGGCCUUCAGUUUGAAGUCCCCAUUCGUUGUACACCAGAGAACUCACACAGGAGUGAAACCUCACAAGUGCGCUGAGUGUGGGAAGGCCUUUAGGAGUAAGUCCUACCUCCUGGUUCACACCAGAAUGCACACGGGAGAGAAGCCCUAUCGGUGCAGCGACUGUGGGAAAGCCUUCAACAUGAAGACACAGCUGGUGGUGCACCAGGGCACUCACACAGGCAACAACCCUCACCAGUGCAGCCAGUGCGGGAAGGCCUUCGGCAGGAAGGAGCAGCUCACUGCUCACCUGCGUGCCCAUGCCGGAGAGAAGCCCUACGGGUGCAGUGAGUGCGGAAAGGCUUUCAGCAGCAAGUCGUACCUUGUCAUCCACAGGAGGACACACACAGGAGAGAGGCCGUACGAGUGCAGCUUGUGCGAGAGGGCCUUUUGUGGGAAGUCACAGCUUAUCAUACACCAGAGGACUCAUUCUACAGAGAAGCCCUAUGAGUGCAGCGAGUGCGAGAAGGCCUAUCCCAGGAAGGCGUCUCUCCAGAUCCACCAGAAAACCCACUCAGGAGAGAGGCCUUUCAAGUGCAUCGAGUGUGGGAAAGCCUUCACUCAGAAGUCCUCCCUCAGUGAACACCAGAGAGUUCACACGGGAGAGAAGCCCUGGAAGUGCUCUGAGUGUGGAAAAUCCUUCUGCUGGAAUUCAGGGCUCCGAAUACACAGGAAGACGCACAGAGGGGACACUCGAGUGAUGAUCAGAGGUCCUGAAAAUGCACUCACAUGACGAGUCAUGUGGGAGAGACCAGCACAGCUGGAAAGAGCCUGCGAAGCCCCCAGGAGGCAGUCACAGGGGACUGACAGGACAGGAGCAGUGAGCCCACCAGGUAUGAUGUUGUGAGAAGACGUGGGAUGGUCAUAACUGAGAACACCUUGCGGUUUACUCCGUCAGGGAAGCAUUUUCCAUAGGAACUGUGUUGCAUGGAAAGCCACAUUCCAAAUUGAAAGCUAUGUUUUUAUAAAAUAAAAAAAAAAUUCAUUAUAAACAACAGACUUUUUCAUGGAGGAGUGUAAAAGUUUUUAUUUCUUUUUAAUAUGUAGAUAAAGUAAAAUCACAAGGCACUUAUUCUGAAAGCUAAGGAA